CGCGCUGCAGCAGGUGGUUGUGAAAUAACCCUGCAGGGUGUUUAUUGUCUGCCGGCGGUGUUUUUUCGCCUGUUUGCUCUGCGUGGUUUCGACCCAGCAGUGUCCCGUUUCAAAGGCGGAACUCUUGACUUUGACUGCUUGUUUCCACACGGGCUUGAUAUUGUUUUAAUCUCAGCGGAGAUGGCAGCGCUCCGGACGGCACUCCAUGGACGGCUUCUUCAGACCCUCCCCUUGUCCCUGGGCUCUCUGCGGCUCGCCAGCAACUUCAAGGCCUCUGACCUGGUGAUCGAGCGGAACCUGGCGGGUCGGCCCAGACCCGACCCCAGCAGCCUGGUGUUCGGGAAGCAGUUCUCCGACCACAUGUUGACCAUCAGCUGGUCGGAGCAGGACGGCUGGGAGGCUCCGCAGAUCAAACCCUUCCAGAACCUGUCGCUGCACCCGGCCGCCUCCGCCCUGCACUACUCGGUGGAGCUGUUUGAGGGCAUGAAGGCGUUCCGGGGCGUCGACAACCACAUCCGGCUGUUCAGGCCCAUGCUGAACAUGGAGAGGAUGCACCGCAGCGCCGAGCGCAGCUGCCUGCCGCUGUUUGAUAAAAGCGAGCUGCUGGAGUGCAUCAGGAAGCUGGUGGAGGUGGACCAGGAGUGGGUGCCGUACUCGCAGGACGCCAGCCUCUACAUCAGACCCACCUUCAUCGGAACGGAGCCGUCUCUGGGCGUGUCCCGCUCAGGAAAGGCCAUGAUCUUCGUCAUCGUGGGCCCGGUGGGGCCGUACUUCGCCACGGGCUCCUUCAACCCCGUGUCGCUGCUGGCCGACCCCUCCUUCGUCCGGGCCUGGAAGGGCGGCGUUGGCGCCUACAAGAUGGGAGGGAACUACGGGCCGACCAUCGCCGUGCAGAACGAGGCGGUGAAGCGCGGCUGCCAGCAGGUCCUGUGGCUGUACGGCCCCGACGAGGAGAUCACCGAGGUCGGCACCAUGAACCUCUUCAUCUACUGGAACAACGAGAAGGGAGAGAAAGAGUUGGUGACUCCUCCUCUGGACGGCCUCAUUCUCCCCGGAGUCACCAGACAGUCCCUCCUGGACCUGGCCAGAGGCUGGGGUGAGUUCAAGGUGACGGAGCGGACCUUGUCCAUGUCGGACCUGCUCUCCGCGCUGGACGCCGGACGGGUUCACGAGGUGUUUGGAGCCGGGACGGCGUGCGUGGUGUGUCCGGUGGGGAGCCUGCAGUACCAAGGAAAGAUGUACCAGAUCCCCACCAUGCAGAACGGUCCGGAACUCGCCAAGAGGUUCUAUAAAGAGCUGACUGACAUCCAGUACGGACGCAAAAAGAGCGACUGGGCGCCGCUGGUCGCCUGAGCCCCACACUUUGCACUCGCCGGUGGUAUCAAGAGUCAGUCUCCUUAUUCCAGCAGCAGCUCCUCCUCCUCCUCCUCCUCCUCUCUUUCUUCUUCCUUCUGCAGGAAAUGGGCUUCCCGGCUUUAUGAAUGUAGCGGCGUAGUAACGGCUAACUUUCUGACUGGAGGAAACCGAGCGGCGAUCAGAGGACGAGGACGGCGAGAUUUAACGAUCCGCUUCUUCUUCCUCCUCACGUUCAGCAGCACAAAGUGUGGAAGCAGGCACAAGCUGGUGUAGUUUAGCCACAACCCCGACGUGUUUCCUCUGUUCCCUGUGUUCUGUACAUAUUGAUGGGACUGUAACUGUUACCGUGUGUGUGUUGGUGUGUGUGUGUGUUUGGUUUUUUCGUGGGGCCACGUCACUUUGACACCAGAGUUUGCACUGAGCUUCUUUCCAGAGACAGACACAUAAACGUUUCUGUCUCGCUGUUUGGUUACGACUGCACAAAGAUUUUAAAAGAUUUUAAGGAAGAGAAAAGGUCAAAGGUCGAACCUGGGCACGCACAAACGGCGGGACGCCGGAGCCUCUGUGCCGCUCGCUUCUCCCGUGGGAAACUGGGCGGUGCUGUUACUGUUAGCUGAGUGUGUUGGGUGUGGGAGUGUGUUUCUGACUGAGUCCAGACAGGACAGAGGCCGGGCUGAAACCGUGAAAAGACUCCGCCCGAGAGAGAACGAUCAUUUUUAGAAUAACGUCACUUUUUACUUGGUUGAAUCCAACUAAAAUCUCUACAAAUCAAAGGUUUAUUUGAUCGAUUUUAAAUUUAGAUUCACAGUAUAUCUUCAUAAUCAGUGUGUUUUGGGGUAAGAACUGAAUAAAUGGAAAUUCGUAGCUAUUCCACAAGCAGCCACCAGGGGGCGAGCAAGUAGCCACUUGGCAUCAACAGAUUCUGGUUGGUUUAGCAGAUAAAGCUGGACUUUGUUCAGUCUUUUCAAGCUUAAUUCUUCUCUUUUUAAUGUUUUUAUGCUGGUUUUAACUCAUUCCCACCCGGACAUGAAUUCCUCCGGAGGUCUUUUCACUGCUUCAGAGUGAGCUCUCUGUCCUCGCCCGGGUUCCUCUCUUCUCGAAGUGCCUGACCUCCGUCUGUCGGCUCCCCCUCCUCUCUGGCUGUGUCAUUAGAAAGUUUUAUCUCAGCGUUCUGUCACUUUUACUCGGCUGUUCUAUUUUUACAAUAAACCUGAUUUGAGUCCA